UUGUUUUGUUUACAAGCACAAAAAAUCGUUAUUUUGUAAAUUACAAGCAGAAUUUUGGAUAUUUAUGUGUAUAUUCGGAUAGCUUUGAGGUACUGUGAUUCCUUUUUCACUAAAAUUCAGUUCUUUAUCGUUUCUAACUAUCAAAAUUGAUCGGUUUUGUUAGAUGAAGAGGUUAGGACUGUGUUUAAGGGCGGUGAUGAAAUUAUCCCCAAGGGCCAGACAUUUUCGGUAGCAUUUCGCGAUUUAUUUAACUGAGUGAAAAUGCCAGAUUCUCCAGAGAAGGAGGUUCAGGUUGUUCGAGACAUUAAGGAUUUGACUAAUGUCGAACAACCUUUCAUAAGGAACAACACCAUAGAAGAACUGAAACUCAAACUAGAAAAUAAGGAAAUAUUAGUGAGACAAAGGCCUAACACCCCCACAUCACCUGUGACUCCUACCACCCCCACCACCCCUACCGGAAAAGACCCGUUGGGCGACGACCAAGACGACAUGAUACCGGAGACGAGAGCGCCCCCUUUGCUGACGGACGACGGCCUCAUAGCCCCCCGGAAACCGGCCAAUCCGGUGAGAGAGGACCCGGGCAGGCAGAACCUCCACAAAGAACUGUUGUUCAACCAAAAAAUAGGUAAGAACGUCUUGAACCAAAAGACUGAACUACAAAGGGCCUUGGAACGACACAAGGACAACCUUGCCAAAAAGCAGCUGGAGAACCACAUAGCGGCCAAGGUACCGGAAUUGGAAAAAGUCAUAGCGGAUCGGGCAAAAAGGCUCGAAAAACCUGACAAAGUUGAGAAUGAAGAAGACAAGGUGAUAAACAAAGAAUUCCUCCAAGCGAGGAUGAAAUUGAAGGCAACAAACGAACUAAAAUAAGACUCUCAACGUCAUCAGGAAAAAUCGAAUCAUUUUUUUAUGAAUAUAUAAACAUAUAUAUUUUUACAUGAAAAAAAAAACGUUGUAUGAAACAAUCAAUCGCCGUAUCAAUUAUAAUUAAUAUUAUAAGCCAUAACAAUUUUUGUGAAAGAAAAAUGUUAUAUCAUGCCAUAAAAACGUUCAUUAAUCUGUUUUUUAUCGACAGGCUUCCAAAAAAUGAGCUACAUUAAACAUUCUGGACUAAAUUUUGGUUGGUUGAAUAUCGAUUUCAAUCAGUUAUAAUAAAAAAUGUGUAUUUUUUUGUUUGUUCAUUAUUUUUUUGUAUGAAAAUUAGUCGUAAGUUAUAAGUACAUAUUUAAUUUAAUGUGAUACAUGCUUAAGUACGAAGCAGAAUUAUAGUUUUGACGUUAUUAUUGUUUAGCUAAAUGUGAGGGUGAAUCUAAUGUAGAUGUGUAAGUGUACCUAGUUCUAAGAACAGUGUAUUAUUAUAGGAAAAUGCAGAAAUAUAUUUUGUACAAAAUGUU